GAGAGGCUGAAGGGUGAGUGGCAUCGCUUUCCUCCGCAGGGUGAGAAAGCGUUUUUCUCAGGUGUGCUGCCUCGGGUAAGAGUGUGUCAGCGCUCGCUCUGCCCAUUGCUCUUCAUUCCUUUUCCGGCCCCUCCCUGGUGGCUCAGAGACACACAAGGAGGAAGUGUUGAUCCUGCUGGAACUGUCUUCCUCGAGCUCAGUUGCUGCAGAGGAAUGCCUGAGACAGAGCCUGCGUCUGGAAGGGGGAAUCUCGGAAGACUAAGAAUAUUGUUCUACCUCAUACUGCUGGCUGUAGCCAAGUAAUCUCAAUUUAUACUCCAUAACUCUAGUCAAGUCCCAAGGAGCUAAGUUGUAUUUUCUCAAGGAAAAAGCAAAACACAGCCAGCGGCAUCUACCAUCAUGGAGAGUAAAGGUUCUAACAAUCCCCAGGAAGGACUCAUGUCCUCCAACAGUAGCAGUGCUACAAUGGAAAACAAUCAUCCAUUAAUAAAUGCUGUUGAGAAUGAAGAUGUCAGCCAGAUAAAGCAAUUGCUGGAAACAGGGACCGAUGUCAAUGUCCAAGAAGAGCAAGGGGGCUGGACACCUUUGCAUAAUGCGGUACAACGUGGCCGCAAGGACAUCGUGGAAAUGCUGCUUCAUUAUGGUGCUGACCCUCGUCAGAGGAAGAAGAACGGGGCCACCUGUUUAAUCAUCGCUGGGAUUGAGGGAUACGUGGAACUGCUCAGAUUUUUCCUUUCCAAGGGAGCAGAUGUCAAUGAGUAUGAUGCUAAUGGCUUCACAGCUUUUAUGGAAGCUGCUUGGCAUGGUAACGUUGAAGCCUUACGAUUCCUCUAUGAGAAUGGAGCCAAUGUGAAUUUGCGUCGAGAGACAAAGGAUGAUCAAAAGCGCCUUGGGAAAGGAGGGGGCACAGCUCUCAUGGAUGCUGCUAGAAAGGGCCGCAGUGAUGUCUUGAGGAUUCUACUGGAAGAGAUGGGGGCAGCAGUCCACGCCCGUGACAAUAUGGGCAGAAAUGCCUUGGUCCGUGGUAUUCAGGGCUGUCCUGAUGAAAAGGUGGAGGAGGUCACCCGCCUUCUGCUGGACCAUGGGGCUGAUGUCUGCGUGAGAGGAGAAAAGGGGAAGACGGUCCUGAUCCUGGCAGUGGAAAAGAGGCACGCUGGUUUGGUGCAGAUGCUUCUGGAACAAGAGCACGUGGAGAUCGAGGCAAAAGAUAGUGAAGGCCGAACAGCACUGGGGGUCGCUGUUGAGCUCAACCUGAAGGAGAUUGUCAAGCUGCUGUGCCAGAAGGGAGCCAGCACAGAUUGCGGAGAUCUUGUCAGGAUAGCGAAGCGUAAACAUCAUGACAAUGACCUUGAAAAGCUUCUCCGUUCUUAUGGAGCCAAAGACUGUUUCCAAACCCCUGCUGAAGACUGGAAGCCUCUGAGUUCACGUUGGGGAGAAGGCCUGAAAAAACUCUAUAGAUUGUACCACCGUAACAUCGGCAAGCUCAAGAUCUUUAGGGAUGAAGACUACAAAAUUGCCAGCACUUCUAAAGGGGGCAUCUAUCUGGGUCUCUACGAGAAGCGAGAGGUGGCUGUGAAGGUGUUCCGUGAGGACAGCGAGCAUGCGCGUAGGGAAGUAGCCUGCCUGCGCCACUUCCGGGAGCACUGUAAUUUGCUGACCUUCUAUGGGAGUGAGAGUGAGGAGGGCUGCUUGUACGUGUGUGUGGCCCUCUGUGAAGAAUCUCUGGAAGAGCACUUGAAUAAGCACAGAGGGGAAGCUGUGGAGGACGAGGAAGAUACAUUUGGCCGACAUGUUCUAGCAUCUGUAUUUAAAGCUGUCCAAGAAUUACACUUGCAUGAAUAUAUUCAUCGGGAUUUGCAGCCAGGAAACAUCUUAAUAAAUUCCAAGAAUGCCAUUCGCCUGGGAGAUUUUGAUGAGAGCAUCCAGUGGACUGGAGAUCCUCGGGAAAUCAAGAGUGAUCUAGAGGCUCUUGGACGGCUAGCCCUGUAUGUGGUAAAGAAAGGACAGAUCCCUUUUGAGGAGCUGAAGGCUCAAAGUAAGGAACAAGUGCUUCAACUUUCUCCAGAUGAGGAAACCAAAGACCUCAUUCAUCACUUGUUCUGCACUGAGGAAAACGUAAGGGACUGUCUAAACCAACUUCUGGGUCAUCCCUUCUUUUGGACUUGGGAGAUGAAAUAUAGGACACUUCGGAAUAUAGGAAAUGAAUCUGAUAUCAAAGUGAGAAAAUCUGGUAGUGAGAUCCUUAAGCUACUACAACCUGGGUCAUCUGAAUGUUCCAGCAGUUUUGUUAAGUGGACAGAUAAGAUUGAUGAAUCCAUUAUGAAAGAAAUGAACAGCUACUAUAAAAAAGGAAGCAAAUUUUACAAGGAAGGUGUGGGUGACCUGCUGAAGUUCAUCCGGAACAUAGGAGAACACAUUGAUGAGGAAAAAAACAAAUGGAUGAAGGAAAGAAUUGGAGAACCUUCCCGUUAUUUUCAGAAGACAUUUCCAGAUUUGGUGAUCUAUGUCUACAGAAAGCUGCAGAACACAGAAUACAAAAAGCACUUUCCGCAGCCCUACAACGCAGCCAAGCCUCACUGCAACCAGUACACCCAGGCCGGCCUGUUGGCCAGACCUGAGUGCUGACUGAGCCUUUCAUGUUUACACUGCCACUU